UCAAUCUGGAUGCAGAGAAUUUACCCCAAUCUCCUGGCCCUGACUUCAGCAACCGUCUCUGGGGAGGCAGCUGCAGCCAGCUGGACGUAAAGCCCUCAAGAAAACAGGCAGGCGGCUCCCUUCAACGGACCUUCAGCCUCCUUUGGGGCAUGACAGGCAAGGCCAAGAACCGGGAAAAAGAGAAGAUGAAAGAAGCCAAGGAUGCCCGCUAUACUAAUGGGCACCUUUUCACGACCAUCUCUGUAUCAGGCAUGACGAUGUGCUAUGCUUGUAACAAAAGCAUCACAGCCAAGGAAGCUCUUAUCUGCCCAACUUGCAACGUGACCAUCCAUAACCGAUGUAAAGACGCUCUUGCCAACUGCACCAAGGUCAAGCAGAAGCAACAGAAGGCUGCCCUGCUCAAGAACAGUACUGCUUUGCAGUCAGUCUCCCUUCGGAGCAAGACCACCAUCCGAGAGCGCCCUAGCUCUGCUAUCUACCCCUCCGACAGCUUUCGCCAGUCCCUGCUUGGCUCUCGAAGAGGCCGAUCCUCCCUUUCCCUGUCUAAGAGCGUCUCCACUACCAACAUUGCUGGGCACUUCAAUGAUGAGUCCCCCUUGGGCCUUCGAAGGAUUCUUUCUCAGUCUACAGACUCCCUCAACAUGCGAAACAGAACGCUAUCUGUGGAGUCUCUCAUAGAUGAGGAGGUGAUUUACAAUGAGCUCAUGAGUGACUUUGAGACAGAUGAGAAGGACUUUGCAGCAGAUUCCUGGAGUCUGGCAGUAGACAGUAGCUUUCUACAGCAACACAAAAAAGAGGUGAUGAAGCGCCAAGAUGUCAUCUAUGAGCUGAUCCAGACAGAGCUGCACCACGUGAGGACAUUGAAGAUCAUGACCCGGCUGUUCCGAACGGGGCUGCUGGAGGAGCUACAGCUGGAGCCAGCCCUCGUACAAGGCCUUUUUCCUUGUGUGGAUGAGCUCAGCGACAUCCACACCCGCUUCCUCAGCCAACUGCUGGAACGUCGACGCCAAGCUCUUUGCCCAGGCAGUACCCGAAAUUUUGUUAUCCACCGGCUGGGGGACCUGCUGAUUAGCCAGUUCUCAGGCUCCAGCGCAGAGCAGAUGCGUAAGGCCUAUUCUGAGUUCUGUAGCCGCCAUACCAAGGCACUCAAACUCUACAAGGAACUCUAUGCUCGAGAUAAGCGCUUUCAGCAAUUCAUCAGAAAGGUGACCCGUUCCACGGUGCUUCGACGGCAUGGGGUGCAGGAAUGCAUCUUGUUGGUGACACAGCGUAUCACCAAGUACCCUGUACUCAUCGACCGGAUCCUGCUGCAUUCCCGUGGCAAUGAAGAGGAACAUCGAGACCUGACAACAGCCUUGGGGCUGGUGAAGGAGCUGCUGUCAGCAGUAGACCAAGAGGUACAUGAGCUGGAGAAGGGAGCUCGCCUGCAGGAGAUCUAUGGACGCACAGAUUCUCGUGCCCAGGCCCCAGUGCCCGGCAAGGGGCCCUUUAUCCGAGAAGAGCUUCUACGUCGAAAGCUGCUACAUGAUGGUUGCCUGCUCUGGAAAACAGCCACAGGGCGCUUCAAAGAUGUACUGAUGCUGCUGAUGACAGAUGUGCUAGUGUUCCUUCAGGAGAAGGACCAGAAGUAUAUAUUUCCUGCCUUGGAUAAGCCAGCAAUAAUCUCACUGCAGAACCUAAUUGUUCGGGACAUUGCUAACCAGGAGAAGGGGAUGUUUUUGAUUAGUGCUGCUCCCCCUGAGAUGUAUGAGGUCCACACAGCCUCCAGAGAGGAUCGAAACACAUGGAUCCGGGUCAUCCAGCAGAGUGUGCGUGUAUGCCCAUCCAGAGAGGACUUCCCCCUGAUUGAAACAGAAGACGAGGCCUACCUUCGACGGAUCAAAAUGGAACUGCAGCAAAAGGACAGGGCACUGGUGGAGCUUCUGCAGGAGAAGGUGGGACUCUUUGCUGAGAUGACCCAGUUCCAGGCAGAAGAAGAUGGAGGGGGUGGAGGGCCACUGCCUACCUUGCCUCGUGGCCUAUUCCGUUCUGAAUCCCUGGAAUCCCCUCGUGGGGAGAGAUUGUUGCAGGAUGCUAUCCGUGAAGUGGAGGGUCUGAAGGACCUGCUAGUUGGGCCUGGGCUAGAUUUGCCCCUGAUCCCACGGGAAUUAGGCCUGUCUCUAGAGCCUGACAGCAGUGGCAACACCAGUCCUGGGGUCACUACUAAUGGUGAAACAAGGACCUUUAACGGUUCCAUUGAGCUCUGCCGAGCUGACUCAGACUCAAGUCAGAGGGAUCGAAAUGGGAACCAGUUGAGAUCUCCUCAGGAGGAGGCCCUACAGCGACUAGUCAACCUUUAUGGACUUCUCCAUGGCCUUCAGGCAGCCGUGGCUCAGCAAGACACCUUGAUGGAGGCAAGGCUUUCUGAGGGCCCCGAGCGACGGGAGAAGCUAGUGUUGUCCCGGGCCAAUUCUCGAGAUGGGGAUGUAGGCAGGGCCGGAGGUGCCCCUGUGGCUCCAGAGAAGCAAGCCACAGAGCUGGCCCUGCUGCAGCGACAACACGCCCUGCUCCAAGAGGAGCUCCGUCGAUGCCGACGGCAGGGGGAAGAGCGGGCAGCUGAGGCAGGCGGGUUAGAGGCUCGGCUUCGGGAAAGCGAACAGGCCAGGGCCCGGCUGGAGCGGGAGACCGAAGAGGUGAAAAAGCGACUGGCUGCCCUGGGUCAGGCUGAGCCACUCUCAGUUGAGGCGCCCUGGGCCCGCCGACCUCUGGACCCCCGGCGUCGAAGCCUCCCUGCUGGGGAUGCCCUCUACUUGAGCUUCACCCCCCCUUCCCAGGUAUGCCGAGGCCAUGACCGCCUAGAUCUGCCCUUGUCUACUCGCUCUAUUCAUCGGACCUUUGAGGACAGAGAUGGGCCUGAGCUAGGCAGUCCCGAGGAGCGACUUCAAGAUAGUAGUGAUCCUGAUACUGGCAGUGAAGAGGAGAGCUGUAGUCGCUUGACCCCACCACAUAGCCCUCGAGAUUUCCCCCGAAUGCAGGACAUCCCAGAGGAGACUGAGAGUCGAGAUGGAGAACCUAUUGCCUCAGAGAGUUAAAGGGGCCCUUCCCCCAUUUCCUAUCCCCUCCAUGACUAUUUCUGGAGAUGGAAAGUUGGGGGAGUAGCCUUUGGAUAUCCAAGUUAUAUAGGUGAGGGGGACACUUAAUAGAACUGCUGGCUUUUGUGUUUCUCCUGCCCCCCUACCCCCAGACCUCCCAACUCAGGGAGAGUGAGAUUGCUUGAGGGGGUCAGAAAGCUGUGGAAGAUGCCUUCUGGUAACAUCCAUAAGCAGCACCACAGAUGCCAAUUUUUCAGACCCUUCCAUCCCCCCAUCUGGAAAGAUUUAUUUAUUUAUUGUUUAUUAGCUGGGUGGGAGGGGAGGGAAUUAAAGGACCAGGGACAAGGGAAC